AACAAGCAAGAAGGUCUUAUAGUAUUUAAUCACUGAGUCGAUUCUAGAGGGCGUUAUGGUCGCUGAUGUGGCACUAACAAUCUACGACGAAAUAAGAAGCAAAAAGUGGAACGAAUCUCUGAAAAGGGGCCAUUAUUAAAAUUACAUUAAUUGUUCACCAGACCAGAAAGAAACGCCUGAGUGCGGUACAGACAAAACUUCGAUCACUGGAGCGAGAAAUACAAAAUGGAAAUUUUCAAGCCUCAGCGAUCGCUAUUCGAAUUAGAAAAUGCUGAUAAAAGAAUCGUUAAUGAUAUGACACAAGUUAUUCCUGUAGAAAGCAAUAAGACACCACUUGAAGUUAUACAACAACAAACGUUGGAAAGUCAAGUAAUAUCAGUCGCUGGUCUCCACAAUACAUUUUCUCUGUCUAACAGACGAAUUCACAGCCCCAAAAAAGCUGGUCAUGGCGGUGUCAAUCAACUUGGUGGAGUAUUUGUUAAUGGUCGACCCCUUCCAGAACCAGUGCGUCGAAAAAUUGUAGAGCUUGCUCAUCAAGGUGUGAGACCAUGCGAUAUUUCACGACAGCUCAGAGUAUCCCAUGGUUGUGUCAGUAAAAUAUUAGGACGAUACUAUGAAACAGGUUCUAUCAGACCUGGAGUUAUUGGUGGUAGUAAGCCUAAAGUAGCAACCCCUUGUGUUGUGACCAAGAUCGCUGAGUACAAAAUUAAUAAUCCCACUAUGUUUGCAUGGGAGAUAAGAGAAAGAUUAUUAGCAGAUCAAAUUUGUGAUAUGGAAUCUGUACCUAGUGUUAGCUCUAUAAACAGAAUAGUUCGCAAUCGACUUGGCUCUGACAACACUUUAAAAGAACCCACAUCACCAAUACCUGCUAGUGAAAAUAAUUUAAUUAAAAUAGAACCUGCACAUAGUGCAGCAGGAUUGUUUGGCUACCCAGGAAUGCCAAUUCAACUGGGUCCUACUCCUACAGGUUUUGCCCAUUUAUCACGUUCUAUGGCUGGUUACUCGGUAAAUGGAAUACUAGGGAUUGCUGUCCCCCCUGGACAUGGUCAGUUGGGAACUAUGAUCAUGUGCCCACCUGAAUAUGCAGUUGCACAACAACAUUUGCAACAACAAUCGCAAGAAGCUGCAGAAAAUGAACGCAUUAUGCACGAAGGUGAAAUAGCUCCAACGAUGCCCAAUGCACCCGAAGUUACUGCUAGUGAAUAUGUUCUUGAAGAAGGUGACAUAAACGAACAUAACAGCCACGAAGCAUUGGGAAGUCGUGCUGUGUCAGCUGUAACACUUAGCUCUGAUAAUAGACUGCCACCACUAACAACUGUUCAAACCUUUAUGAGACAAGGCAUUCUAGAUACUCGGAUGUCCACAGAUGCUGAACAACAACAGCUACAUGCAGAAGAAGAAUCUCAAUCACAUAUUCAGUUUGAGCAAAACACUUCAACAAGUGAACAAAUACAUUGUGUCGAAGAGAUCAAACGUCAACAAGACCACAUUAAUGAACAACAUUUACAACUUUUAGAACAACAUCGACAACAUUUACAAGACACUGACCAUGAACAUCAUCAAAGUCUUACUGAGAAUGAUAGUUUGAAGCAUGCACAUCAUGACCAUGUUGAGGGCGAAGAACGCCCCCUGCAAAUACAACAUGUGUUUCAUCAACCUGUUACAAUGGUACAAGCUCUAACAGUGGUUCCCCAAAAUACUGAGAAACACGAGUCUGGUAAAAAACCAGGUCGGAGAGUCAGAACUACGUUUUCUGUUGACCAGAAAAUAGCUCUAGAGCAAGCUUUCGAGAAAACUCCAUAUCCUGAUGCUGUGCAGAGAGAACAAAUCGCGCUAAAAAGUCAAAUUCCCGAAGCACGUGUGCAGGUUUGGUUUUCAAACAAGAGAGCAAAACUACGGAGACAAGACAAAAGUGAUGAGAUAAAAAUAGAGAGAUAUCAGCAUUAUCAGCAACAAUUGCAACCACAAUUUAUUGCUGUUCCUCAACAUUCACAAAUUAUACACCCAUCAGCUAUUCCUAUCGUACCUGGUCAAUUUACUAUACCACAACACCUGAUAGAAGUUGAGCGAUCGAGGUUGUCACCUAUGUUAGCUAAACAAGUGCAUGCAACAGAAGGCCAACAAACUGAACUGCGAGCUUUGUCAGAAGCGCCGAUAGAUUCUCUAGCAACUAUGGUUGUACAGAGCGAUCAAGGUUAUACUAUGUCCAACGCCAAUGUACCUACAUAUUUGUCAGCGCAACCGGUACCAUCCUCUCGUGGCAAGAGUGACGUGAAGGCAAAUACGCCUCCGUUAACACCAGUUGAAACUAAACCUUCCAUUGCCACUGACAACCAACUAACUUCAAGUGGUACUGCUGUCUCUUUCCUGUUACCACCGGUCAGUACACUAACCAAAGCUACUAACGAUGCUCAUCCAUCUUAUUGUUCUACUAACGAAGAACAGUUGCCACAAUAUAGUUCGGAUCAGUGGUUACGCUAUCCCGCGACAGUAUUAACCACUUCAAGAUCGACUAAUGUAUUAACGACGUGGCCUCCGCAACACUCAUCGUCAGAAAGCACGGUUACCGAAAUUCAUGCAAAGUGAACUCAUUGGGAAAAUUGACAGAAAGUACGGUUACCGAAAUUCAUGCAAAGUGAAGUCGUUGGGAAAAUAGACAGAAAAUAAGGUUACCGAAAUUCAUGCAAAGUGAAGUCAUUGGGAAAAUUGACAGAAAGUACGGUUACCGAAAUUCAUGCAAAGUGAAACCAUUUGGAAAAUUGAUCUUACGGGGCAACUCUUUUCGUUUCAGCACGUGUUGCGAUUUUGAAAUAUUAUUGAAAGAGAGUAAAUUUUUUUAAAUAGAGAAAAUUAUAUAUUUAUAAAUGCACGUUUGCUCGUUUUUAUAUAUAUAUUUGUCACUUUUGUAAAUAUUUUCCUUUUCUAUAAUUCGUGUAUUUUUUUUUACUUUAAUAUUAUUUUUUAUGUUAUUUAUCCUUGUUCUUCUGAGAAAAAAUAACUGUUGGAUCAAUGUUGUUAA